AUGGACUACAUAAACAAGCUUACUGGCUCUUCAAACGAUGCAGAGAACAAUGGACAAGAGCGCCGCUCAGAAGAUUUUGAUACCAACAACGCCAACCAAGAAGGGAACAGCGGCGGCGGCUUCAUGGACAAGAUGAACAGCAUGGCCGGCGGAGGAGCUCAAGGCGAGAAGAAUGAAGAUAUGCUCGACAAGGCUGUUGAUUUUGUGCAAGAAAAGUUCAUGGGCCAGGGCGAUCAGAGCAACGAGUCGGCGGCGGAACAGGCCAAAGAUGAGGCCAUCUCGGAUUUUAUCCGUGACAAGUACAAGGACACAACGGGAAGUGACUUUCCCAUCAAGGACAAGGAUAGGCAAUAUGGUCUCUAG